CCGAUCUCCCGUAUAUUUAUAUAAUUUCUAUACGUUGAGGUUGUGAUUUCUGUCUUCUGUGACGCGGCGACAUCAGUCGUCUUUUAGAAAUUAAAUCAGGCUAAAAGAUGGGUGUUCCUAAGUUUUAUCGUUGGAUAAGUGAACGUUAUCCAUGUCUCAGUGAAGUUGUAAAAGAAUAUCAGAUUCCAGAUUUUGACAAUUUGUAUCUUGAUAUGAAUGGCAUCAUACACACAUGCUCCCACCCAAAUGAUGAUGAUCCACACUUCCGUAUUACUGAAGAAAAAAUUUUUGCUAAUAUUUGUUAUUAUAUAGAAUUCUUAUUUAAAAUGAUAAAACCAAAGAAAGUUUUUUUCAUGGCUAUUGAUGGAGUUGCACCCAGAGCCAAGAUGAAUCAGCAGAGAGGCCGGCGUUUCAGAACUGCAAAAGCUGCUGCUACACUUGAAGAGGAAGCCAAAGCUUGUGGAGAGGAAUUGCCUACUGAAGCAAGAUUUGAUUCCAAUUGUAUCACUCCUGGAACAGCAUUUAUGGCUAGACUUCAGGAAGUUUUGAAAGGGUUUGUUGUUCAUAAAAUCUCAUCAGAUAAUCUAUGGAAAAAUGUUCGCGUCUAUUUGUCGGGACAUGAAACACCUGGAGAGGGCGAGCAUAAAAUUAUGGAUUUCAUUCGAUAUGAGAAAUCCCAGCCAGGCUAUAAUCCUAAUACAAGGCACUGUCUUUAUGGACUCGAUGCUGAUUUGAUAAUGCUUGGUUUAUGUUCCCAUGAACCUUUCUUUUCGUUGCUGAGAGAAGAAGUAAAAUUUGGAGGGAAAAGGAAACAGAAGCGAAUAACUACUCCAGAAGAGACUACCUUUCAUUUGCUUCAUAUUUCUCUUUUGAGAGACUAUUUGGGUCAUGAAUUUUCCCCUGUAAAAGACAAAAUUCCAUUUCCAUUUGAUUUAGAACAUAUUGUAGAUGACUUUGUAUUGAUGAGUUUUCUUGUAGGCAAUGAUUUUAUUCCUCAUCUACCUCAACUUCAUAUUCAUCAUGAUGCUCUACCAGUUCUCUUCCAAACGUACAUGGAUGUUUUACCAAAGCUGAAUGGAUACAUCAAUGAACAAGGCUACUUAAACUUGGAAAGGUUUGAAAUUUUUAUGACUAAACUUGCUGAAUAUGAUUUUAAAAAAUUUGAAGAAAUGAAUGACGAUUUUCAGUAUUUAGAAGGAAAAUCCAAGUCAAAGAAAGAGGAUGAAAAGGAAAAAAUCAGUACCAGUGAUGUGUUAGCCAACCUGGGAUUCAGCAGCUUGGCUAUCAGCGAUACUGCAGAAUAUGAUUCUUCUACUGAUGAAGAAGAAAACAGUGAAGAAGAAUCAACUUUGGAACUUGAGUUCAAUAUGCAUAAAGUAGAUUAUUACAUGAAUAAAUUAGAUUUCGAAGUUGUUACUCCUGAAGUACUUAGAGAUCAAGCAGAGGGCUAUGUUCGAGCUAUACAGUGGAAUCUUCAUUACUAUUACAAUGGUGUCGUGUCAUGGAGUUGGUAUUAUCCUCAUCACUAUUCUCCUUAUAUCUCCGAUGUAAAGGAUUUUAAAAAUAUGGAAAUGACAUUUGAGCUUGGAAAGCCUUUCCUUCCAUUCCAGCAGCUUUUGGCUGUCUUACCAAAAUUGAGUAAAGAUCUUUUACCUGAAGCUUAUCAAAAGUUGAUGUGUGAAAAUGAUUCCCAAUUAAUCGAUUACUAUCCUGAUGACUUUGCGACUGAUCUAAAUGGAAAACAACAGGAAUGGGAAGCAGUUGUCUUAAUUCCUUUUAUUAAUGAGAAACUUUUAUGUAAAUGUUCAGAAAUAGCAGACAAAUAUUUAACAGAAGAAGAGAAGAAACGUAACAGGCAUGGUCCUCAUCUUUUGUACACUUAUACUGAAAAGUCAUCUGGUCCUUUGCGAUCAUUCUUACCUGGUCAUUAUCCUCCUACAAAUGCUGUUCAUGCCAAAGUAACGGAAAUCGAUCAAGAUUUUUUCAGAGUCCCUCCUGAAAAGUUAAUCAAGGGUCUUUGCAAUGGCGUAGUUAUGGAUAAAUUUAUAAUAGGAUUUCCAACUUUGAGAACUUUGAAACAUUCUGCUAAGCUGAAGAAUGAGAAGGUGAAAGUCUUCCAGAUGGUCAGUUUGAAGGAUAAUAUGAUGUUGAAAAUUGAAGAAAAAACUGAGGAUGAUAUUAACAAAAUAUGUGAAAAAAUUCUUGGAAAAAUAAUUUAUGUGAAUUGGCCCCAUCUUCGGGAGGGUUUAGUCACUGCUAUUUCAGAUGGUAUGACCCGAUAUUCUUAUGAUAAGCGCAGCCACACUUUAAAAUUUAUUCAAGAAGAAAUGAAUAAAGAAGAUAAGAAAAUAUGGGAACGAGAAGUUGAUAGUGUGGAAGAAUACUUGUAUCAAAGAUGGGGAAUUUUUGCUGGACAGACAAAAGUUCUUGCACAUAUUAAACGCCUGUCUGGUUCUAAAAUAGUUUUAACAAAGGAUGGUAAAGUUAAAGAAGAAAAACAGUUUGAAAGCUCUAUAACUAAUUUUGCUUUGCAGACAACUGUGUCUAAUAUAGAUGCUUUCUGUCCAGAUGGUGAAAUAGAAAAAACAGUUCAGGACAUUUUUCACCCAGGAUCAACAGUUUUUGUUCUUACACCUCAGUAUUAUGGAAGUACAGGAAAAGUUAUUGACUGUGAUCAGUUAAGUUCUAAAGGUUUUAUUAUAGUGAAUAUUGAACUUGUAUCUGAACCUGAUUUAUUACCUGUUAUACAAAACCAGGAAGAGUUAAUGCUAGAACAAUUUAUGCCUGCUUAUGUUGUUGCUCAACAAUUAGGCAUGGAAUCUCAUUUUAUUUCCCGCUUAACUGGGACAUUUUUGGUCCAGACUAGUCCCAAAGGCAGUAGUAAUCCUAAUCGUGUGAAUAUCGGUUUAAAUCUGAAAUUUAAUCACAAAAAUGAGGAAGUACAAGGAUUUUCCAAAAAAGUUGAUAAUCAAUGGUUGUAUUCAGAAGAAGCUGUAAAGAUUUUAAAUUCAUAUAUAAGUAAGUUUGCUGAUUUUUUUGAAAAACUCAUUGGUUAUUUAGGAUGUGAUGUAGUUUAUCUUGAGGAUAUGUAUCCAAAUGGGGAAGGUUUAAAAAUAAUAAAAGAAAUGGCAAGCUGGCUGAAAGAGCAGGCUUGUUCCAAAGCAGAUCGACAGUCAUGUGGAAUAAAGAAGCUGGACAAUGGUAUUGUUUGUGCAAUUGAGAAGACUGUGCAAAGUUCUUUAAAAGAUGAUGUAUACCACAUAAAAAAAGGAAUAUCCUCAGCUCAGUUGUAUAGCCCAUAUAUGUGUAAAGGUGUUUAUAUGCCUGAUUCAAGAGUCUCAUUUCAUCUAUUUGAUCGUGUUGUGAACACAUCUCCAUCAUCUAGUGUUCCACUUGGCUUAAAGGGAACCAUUAUUGGUAUUCAGACUGCAGAUAAGGAAUGUGAUUAUAUCUAUGAAAUUUUAUUUGAUGCAGAAUUCACUGGUGGCAUAGCCACGCCUUCAGGAUCCAACAAAAUAUACCGGAUGGCUCCAAAUGCGAUAAUUAAUAUAUCUCAUGGUGAAAGAUUAAAAAGACAAAGUAAUUCCCCUUCUAAAAGUGGUAGAAAUGUAAUGCCAAGAUUGAAUAAGAAUAAUUUAUUUGACUCUUCAAUAAAGCAAUUGCAUACUGUAGAUUCAUCCCCUAUGCAGAUUCUCCAAAAGAAAUCAUCUCAUAAAUCAGCAUCACUUCAAACCCAGCCAUUUUACAAAGCAGAUACAACUAAUAUGUUUCAGACACAGGACUCCAAAUAUGCGAGUCCUGUUUUUUCUCCUACAUGGUCUGAAAGUAAGCAGUUUGUUACCCCGAAAGCAAAUCGUUUAAGUGGUGGAUAUAUUAAUAGCUCCAAUAAUUUGAUGCAACCAAAUGCUUCAAAUCAUAUUCAUUUAAAAAAUUUCUGGGCUGAUUUAAAGAAAACUCCUGAAUCUCAUUCUUCCUCAAAUAAACAAAUACCCAAUAUUCAACAGAAUAAACAUGAACAAGGCUAUGGGCAGAAAGUUUCUGUAGAGGAACUUUUCCAAGGUGCUCAAAAUCAUAUUGAAAGUAACCAAAGCAGAAAUGUGCAGAGGGAAAAUGCUCCACCAUCUAAUCGAAUGGCUGUGGCUCCUAAAGAGGCUGUGGAGGCCCUUCGACAGUUUUGUUUGGAACAUCUUAAAACUCCACCAAUAUUUACUUACAAUAAUUAUGGUUCAACAAGCUUAUUUAUUGCAACUGUUAGUCUUUCUAAUGGUGAUAAGGCGUCCAGUAUGCCAUGCUUAUCUAAAUUUGACGCUGCAGCUGAUGCUGCUGCUAAGACAUUGGCUUCACUUCAUUCCAGAUUGCCUGGAUUGACUACCAAUCAGAAUUAUUUAGCUGGCAUGAUUCAACAUGAAUCAAAUGUAGGUAGAAUACCAGUAGCUCCUCCAACAAGAACCCUCCAACCUGACUAUCGGCCAUUUAUAUUUUGCCCUCCUCCUUAUGUACCAGUUCCUAACUUUCAGCAGCCACCACCAGCAUUACCUUUUAACCCUGCUUGUUUUGAUGCCCCUGUUCUGAGGCAUCCUCAACCUCUUCAUUCUACGCAUAUACCAGAUUCUUUUGUGAAAGCUAACCAAAGAUUUUUACUAGAUUCAGAGGCAUGCAUGCCUACUCAGCAGUUACAAACUGCAUCUUUACCUUCUCAGAGCAGCAACAACAGAGCUUCAUAUGGUGAAAAAGAUGUAGUCCAUCUUCCUGGAGGAGGAACUGCUGUCAUUCGUAACACAAAACUGGGAAACACAAAAUUGAAUGAUUCGGUGAAUUCUAAUAUGUUUGUGCCUGCUCAAGUCAUGAAGCAAGCCAUUAAGACUCCUAGCGAAUCAGUUUUGUCAAGCUCUGAAUGGCCUGAUCUUCCACCUCCAAAGGAAAUGGAAAACUCAAGGGAGACAAAUUCACUAAAAUCUGAAAACUCUCCUAAAGAAAGGACUCAGCUUUAUUCAGAUGCAUCCAACAUCCCACCUUCUACUGAUGCUAAGCAGCCAACUUCACAUCCGUCCAACAUGACUGUUUUAAAAUCUAAAAAUAAAAGACGGAUAGCUGCAAAUUUUCAAAAUCCUCCUGGCAACUAGUGCUUGAUGUAACUCUGUGCAUGUACAGUUUUAUUCAAAUUUUAAAACUGAAUGUGAUAUUCAUAGAUAUUUCUUUUCUUAAAUCUUAUAUUUAUUUAUUUGACAUCAUUUCUUCUUAUAAAGAUGAUAAAUUUAUAACAAAUUAUAUUUUCAGUUAUUAAUUUUUACAAAUGAUUCCUUGUUUAAUAUUUUUUGAAUGUCAUUGAUUUAAUAUUUUUGAAUGCCAUCUUUAUAUUUCAAUUAAAAUUUUAAGAAUCAUUUAAAUCAGCAUUGUAUUGAAUCUUUAUAAGUCACUGCUUUGCGAAAUAAAAAGUUAUUGUGACACAGAAAAA